AUGUUGGGCUUCACAGAAGUAACCUUUGAAGAUUUCAUUGAUUCAGACACUAAUGUCAUUAUUGCUAUUGAACCUACAGAUAGUGAGAUACUGGAUAGUAUAAAGGCACAAGAACCUUCAAAAUCUGAUGACGAGAAUGAUGCCGAGGACCAGGGUCUGGCAGCACCAACAAAAUUGAAAGAUGCUGAGUGUCCCUGGCACGGCCUUGGCGAAUGCAAUACAGACGUCGAUCGCCAAUAUGGUACUCUAUCCGAUUUCUCAAACCUCGUAAGUCAAGCAAAUUUCCUAGACUUGAAAGUUCUUCUAGACUUUGUUCCAAAUCAUAGUUCUGAUCAACAUCCAUGGUUCAAGAAUAGUAUUAAAAAGAUUAAACCUUACGAUGAAUUCUACAUCUGGAAAAAUGGUACAACAGUAGAUGGAGUCAGGCAACCUCCCAACAACUGGUUAAGUGUUUUUAAAGGAUCAGCAUGGACAUGGAAUGAAGAAAUAGGUCAGUAUUACUAUCAUCAGUUUGCACCUGGUCAACCAGAUUUGAACUUCCGUAAUAAAGAUUUAGUGCAAGCCUUGAAGGACGCCCUGACAUUCUGGAUGGAUAGAGGAGUGGACGGAUUUCGUGUCGAUGUAAUUCUCGAUUUGUUCGAGGAUGAACAAUUACACGAUGAACCAAAAAGCAACACUUCUAAUGUUCCAGAAGAUGAAUACCUCUAUCUAAAUCAUAUCUAUACCAAAGAUCAAGAAGAGAUCUAUGGUGUCGCUCAAGGCUGGAGAGCCCUUUUGGAUGAUCAUGCAAAAAAACAUAAUGAAGAUACUAAAUUAUUAAUAGUCGAAACAUCCGGGACCCCAUCUACCAUACAAAAGUACUUUGAAGUAGGAUCAAAUGCUUUCAACUUUCUGUUACUUAACUAUCUGGGUGCAUCAUCAACAGCUAUUGAUUUCAAAAAGUUUAUUGAUAAUUUACCUAAUAAUGUUCUAGAAGCUAACGUGUCUAUUUGGGUCACAGAUAAUCAUGAGAAUCAUCGCUCGGGUUCGAGAUUUGGUAUUACGAAAUCAGAUAUGUUGGCUAUGUUGGCUAUGACUCUUCCCGGCAUCACGGUAGUCUUGAUAGAGAUAUGA